AUGAUACUUGAAGACGAUGUAACGGCACCGCAUUUCGACGGCGAUCUAAGCCCAAAGACGUUAACGGACGGCGAGAGGUUGACGUUGAGAUGUAACGUGUCCGGGAAUCCUGAACCUGACGUCGAGUGGUUCCGUGACGGACAGAACGUGAAGCUGAUUGACACCAUCACGACGAAGAACCGGGCGGGUCUGUGCUCCCUCUCAGUUAUCGAGGUAACAGGGGUUGAUGCCGGGGAGUACAAAUGCAUCGCCAUAAACGACGGCGGCCGGGCUGAGGUCAGCGCCAGAGUCAAUGUACAAAGCGGUGUCCGUCUGGCGAAGGCGCCCGCCCCAGACCAGCCACUGUUUGUCCGACCACCUCAAGGCUUAUCCGUGGCGGACGGAGAACGGGCCGUCAUAGAGUGUCGGGUCAAAGGAAAUGCGGAGUUGACGUGGUACAGAGGGAACGAGGUAAUACCUCAUAAUGACGAUUUCCGGUACGAGGCUUCCGGUGAAGUCCGGCGGCUUGUGAUCGCCGAGGUGUUUCCAGAAGACAGCGGGGUGUACCGGGCCGAGGCCGCGAACGAGUCGGGCACUGCAACCAGUUCCUUCACUAUCCAUGUCAAUGUUCCGGAAGAGGAACCGUUGGGGCCGGUAUUCCUCGAGUUCCCGCGAUCCCAGCACGUUGACGAGGGGGCAAAGGUCGUCUUCACCUGCGCCCUGGAUGAGGCCCACACAGUUACGUGGUUGAAGGGCUCUCAGGUACUGGAUGACAGCGGGCGGUAUCGGAUCUCGUUUGGGGACGGCCGCAGCAGCCUCACCAUACCCGCCGCUCUAGCCCCGGAUGCCGGCGUCUUUUCGGUAGAGGCCAACAACCACCGAGGGAACAGUCUGUGGACGUUUACGUUGGGCGUAUUUGUGAGUUCCUCGCCGUGUGCUGACGUCGACGUUGUAAAGCUGAUCAAGUCUAUCCAGUGACGUCACUACUGUACUUAUGACACUAACCGCUGAGUGCAUCCAAAACAAGAUACUACAAGUGUUAGCCGCUUUCAAGAUGAUUUAAUACCAGCAUAAAAACAUUGUAUUUGCAAUUAAAUCAAGUAUGCACGAUCAACGAAGAUUAACAGCGUCAUGUUACUCAAAGUGUGGAUGAUUGAAAGAAACUGUGCUGUUUUACUCAUGUAUCUGAACCAUUUUGAAACUGUUCAUUUAUUUCGUGUAUUAUUUUGUGAUAUUUAACGUGUUUGCUUGCUUUCUUUGCCCAUAAACCUGUAAACGAUACAUGCUGCUUUUUGUAUUAAACGUUAUAUGAUU